AUGGCCAGAACCAAGCAGACCGCCCGUAAGUCCACCGGAGGCAAAGCCCCCAGGAAGCAGCUGGCCACCAAGGCCGCCCGCAAGAGCGCCCCAGCCACCGGCGGAGUCAAGAAGCCUCACCGUUACAGGCCCGGCACUGUGGCUCUGAGAGAGAUCCGUCGCUACCAGAAGUCCACCGAGUUGCUGAUCCGCAAGCUGCCCUUCCAGCGUCUGGUCCGUGAGAUCGCGCAGGACUUCAAGACCGACCUGCGCUUCCAGAGCUCCGCCGUCAUGGCUCUGCAGGAGGCCAGCGAGGCUUAUCUGGUCGGCCUCUUCGAGGACACCAACCUGUGCGCCAUCCACGCCAAGAGAGUCACCAUCAUGCCCAAAGACAUCCAGCUGGCCCGGCGCAUCCGCGGAGAGCGAGCUUAAACCCACACGCCUCUCACUCAACGGCUCUUUUCAGAGCCACACACUCAAACUAACGGGCGAACGUUUCAUGGCACUCACCUACGAAACUAUAAUUGUCAAAUUUAAA